UUUGGAAAUAAAAUUUACUCGAUUUCUGGUGUAAAGGAUUAUUUUACAAAUUUCUCAUUUCAAUUUUAUCGAGUAAAACAUCAAAUUUAAAUGAAAUAAUGCUUUCCUUACAAAGUAAACAAAAAUGUGUUUGGAUAAAGGGCAAGGCGUCACCCCGCGGUUUCCUCCUUUCUCGUGAACGCCGCGGUUCGCGGCGGUUGUUGGCGUUACUGGGGGUUCGUGGCCAGUGGAUCUUCACUUCACGAAUACUUCUUUCGUAAGCCAUGUCUUACUACCGCGGCGGUAGCGGUGGCUCCGGCGGCGGCGGCGGCAGCCGCAGCUGCUACCGGUGCGGCGAGGAGGGCCACAUCUCCCGUGACUGCCCCAGCGGCGGUGGCGGCGGCGGCGGCUUCGGCGGCGGCGGCAGCCGCGCCUGCUACUCGUGCGGCGAGGAGGGCCACAUUUCCCGCGACUGCCCGCGCGGAGGAGGAGGCGGACGUGGCGGCGGUGGCGCGUGCUACCGCUGCGGCCAGGAGGGCCACUUCUCGCGCGAGUGCACGAGCGGAGGCGGCGGCGGCGGUUACGGCGGUGGCAGCCGCGCCUGCUACCGGUGCGGCGAGGAGGGCCACAUUUCCCGCGACUGCCCCAGCGGCGGUGGCGGCGGCGGCGGCAGCCGGGCCUGUUACUCGUGCGGUCAGGAAGGUCACAUCUCUCGGGACUGCCCGCGGGGAAGCUGAGCUGUGGGUCCCGAUGUGAGGGUGGGUUCCGAUGGCCGUGCACUGGAGGAAACUGACGUAAAAUGUUCCAUGGUGUCAUGUGGUGAAGAUCAAGCAAAUACAGGACGCUGGUGAAGAGCUGUGGUUUUUAUACGAUUGGUGUUUGAUGAGGCCCCGAAGCGUAUCUGCGGGCUGGAUGUGUAGAUUCUAGAACAUUCAAGCGUUUCACUCGUUGAUUCUGUGUGUCGAGUAUCAGGGGACUCCCCAUCCGGGUCGCACUGGAGGCGGGAGGGACGCAGGUGGCGACAGGCGUCUGUGAAUCACUCCAGAGGGCUCUGCUGUGCGGCGAGCAAUCGGGCAUUCCUAGGAACAGCACAUGAAAUGCGCAGUGCUUCUGGGUCGGAGUCGUCGCAAGGAACUACGAAUUGCAGUUAUAAGUCGACGAAGCUGUCGUGACUCCGAGCCCUGAAUGUCUAUUAGAAACUUGGUCACUUGUCCAUUUGGUCCAGAAUUAGCACGUAUCUUUUUGAAAUAAAUUGCGCUUCCGCUGAA